CUCCAUCCUAAGGCAACAGCAUGGUUUUUUUCAGGAAGAUCAUCAUCAUGCAACUACUAGGGUUGGUACUAACUCACAGCUUCACUAACUGUGACUUUGGGAAGAUUAGAAAAAGAUAUGAGAAAAUCAUUUAUCCUGCCCUGGAGAAGUAUAUGCAAGGGACCAAAAGUACCGAGUUCAACCCCACCAUCUCCUGUCACAAUCCGUCGGAGUGCCUCAGUAUCAUCGAACGCGACACCUUCACUCCCACCCCAGGCUGUGCGUCCCUCCCCACCGAAGACUUCGCCCAGAGAACCAGGGCCGUCCUUGCUCUCCGGUGCCCCGGCUACUCCGGAGUUCAGAUAAAUAGUUCGCAGGAAGUGAAGAAAGGAGAAGACACAACCAAUAACUGCCUGGAAAAAGCCUCACACUUACUAGGAUUGUGGCGUCGUUUUAGUCGAAUUUCAGAAGAAUAAGCCAUCUGUGCCAUAGUCAUAUUUCACAUCAAAAUAAGUUAUCCUUAUUAAACAGAUAAAAUAUUACCUCUAACUGCAACAUUUCAAAGACCACUGAUAGUGAUUUUUAAUUACAGAGAUUUCUUGAUUUUUUUAAGUUUUUAAUUCAGGGAAAGUUUCAUCCCUCAAAUGUCCAGGGAAACGUCUCUAACAUUGAUGAUUGGCUUCCUGGCAGUAAUUCUCAGCUGGAACAGAGAGAAAACCCCAAAGUGUAGCAGGAGAACAUUUUCCCUUGAGUAAAGAAGAAAAUUGAACUCAGUGAAAACAUUAAACCCUUUGUUUAAAAGGCACUUCUGCUUGUGAUGAUAAGUCCUUUGUUUUCAUACUAGACAUUUAUAAAGGAUGAAAAUAUAAGCCAAAAGGAGUGCACAUAUAGUUGUUAAUAUGAUGAAGCAAUUUGAAAGAAUUUUAAGCAAAAUAAAAGCAUUCUAAGCCAACUUUUAAAAAUUGUCUAGCAGACAAGAGUGAUAUAUGUAAAAAGAUUCUGAAGAAGUACCUUUAUUAUAGUUAUAAUAUAUAUUUAAAAAUAAUAGAAUGUAUUUUUAAUUUAUAUUGUAAGCACUUUUGAAAAUGUACAUGUUUAUUCAUAAUUAACACUAUAUUUCUUAAUAAAAUAGUUGUG